CUUAAUCGACGGGUUGACCAGCUGUAGCCAAAGCCACUCCGAUGCUGCACAUGGCUGACAAAAAAGAGCAUUUGUUAUCAGACAAGAACGAAAAGGGGAAUAUUUUAAAUGGAUGUCCAAAUUUUUUAACUGGACAAGCUAUAGAAUUUCCCAAGAGUUUUUGUAUUAGCUCUAGCGUUUAACGGCAGAUGUGGAGACAUCUGUGGACGCCACGAACUUGAGUAAUUAUCAAACACAAUAUGGGUUGGAUUGCAACACAACUAGGGAGAGGUUAAAGCAACGUCAGGUAAGACUAAUCAAGGUUUUGAAGGUGUGUCCGGCUUAUCUAAUAGACGGAGGAGUUCCUGGUGAUGUGAAAGCUGUACAUCACACACUCCUCGGAUGCCUUAUACCCUACCUUUGUGGAGGCAGCAUUUUAAAACCUGACACCAAAGGGAGCUCAGCACUCAUGGACUCGCUACGCCUGCCACAGUCAAUGGCUCCCCAAAGCACGAGAAAUGAAGGCCAAGAUGAAAAACACGAUGAGAAAAGCAAAGAAGUCAUGGCGAGCCCUUCACACUCCACUCUGGGUUUAAUAGAACAGGAGUCAGAGGACGUAGACCCAUGGGACCUUCCAGAGCUGAAGGACACUGGGGUCCCCUGGUCAGCUUUGGAUACCAAAGGAAAAGUGCUGAGAGUGGUGGCGUCAGUGGUGAAACUGAUUCUGCUGCUGGGCCUCCUCUAUAUGUUCAUCUGUUCACUUGACGUCCUCAGCUCGGCUUUUCAGCUUGUUGGAGGUAAAACAGCAGGCGACAUCUUUCAGGACAACUCAGUUUUGUCCAAUCCGCUGGCUGGGCUGGUUAUCGGUGUUUUAGUCACUCUGCUGGUCCAGAGCUCCUCAACCUCCUCCUCAAUAGUUGUCAGCAUGGUCUCCUCUGGGCUGCUAAAAGUUCAGGUGGCUGUUCCUAUCAUCAUGGGCACCAACAUCGGCACAUCUGUAACUAACACUCUGGUGGCCAUGACGCAGGCUGGUGACCGUAGCACCUUUCGCAGGGCUUUUGCAGGUGCCACAGUGCACGACUUCUUCAACUGGUUGUCUGUGCUGGUCCUGCUGCCUCUGGAAGUCGCCAGUGGUUAUUUGUACAAAGUAACCGAGCUCAUCAUUGACUCCUUUCAAAUUGAAAGCGGAGAGGCCCCAGAACUGCUAAAUGUGAUCACUGACCCCCUUACUGAGGCCAUCAUAAAGCUGGAUCAGUCCGUCAUCAGUGGAAUUGCCACCGGCGACCCAGAAGCCAGAGAUAAGAGUCUCAUUUUGAGAUGGUGCGAAACCUACACCAACAUGACCGUACAGAACGUCACAGUACCGGGUCCGGAGAACUGCACCUCUCCGACUCUCUGCUGGUUUGAUGGGAACUUCACCUUCACACUGAAGAAUGUGUCUACCACAUUCAAUGUAACCAAAUGUGGUCAUCUUUUCGUAGACGUGAAACUCUCUGACCUGGCAGUGGGUCUAAUCCUGCUGGCUCUUUCUCUGCUGGUUCUCUGUUCCUGCCUGAUCUUUAUCGUCAAGUUGCUUAACUCCAUGCUGAAAGGACAGGUAGCCACAGUCAUCAAGACGAUUCUCAACACGGAUUUCCCAUUUCCAUUCAGCUGGGUCACAGGCUACAUUGCCAUCUUCGUCGGAGCUGGAAUGACUUUCAUUGUGCAGAGCAGUUCAGUGUUCACAUCGGCCAUUACUCCUCUUAUUGCCCUCGUGCACUUCCUGUUCAACAUCUCGGGCAUCAUUCUUUGGUACCCAAUCCCGUUCACCCGCUUUCCCAUCCGGAUGGCUAAAAGUUUGGGGAACGUCACGGCCAACUACCGCUGGUUUGCUGCUGUCUACAUCAUCUUGUGCUUUUUCUUUUUACCGCUCUUGGUGUUCAGCCUGUCACUGGCUGGUUGGAAGGUCCUGGUGGGCGUAGGUGUGCCAAUUGUGGUCAUUCUGAUCAUUAUCGUGGUCAUCAAUGUGCUUCAGAAACGGAAACCAGGUUGUCUGCCAGCAGCACUGCGAUCAUGGGACUUUCUCCCACUCUGGGCCCACUCCCUAGAGCCAUGGGAUAAAGUGGUUACUAUGUGUACAGCAAAAUGCUGUUGUUGCUGUAAAUGCUGCCAAACGACAGUAGGUGACCAAGAACACGAAGACGAAGAAUCUGUGAAGAAUGACAAGAGGAUGCACAUGUCUGUGUAUGACAACCCUGCAAUGAGUGCAGAGAAAGAAGUGGAAGAUGAGAUAAAGUUAGAGCUCAACAUUCUGAAAAUGACCCAGCUUUAAACAGGUAGUUUAACUGUGUUUUUGUGCGUAAAGCCGGUGUGGUGCAAUGAAGCAAACUGGUCAUGGCACAAUAAACAACGAGCUUCUAAAUAAUAUUGUUGCUUUUAUGUGUAAAGAGAGAAAUGGCUGCAUAAGACCAAGAGACAAAAAAUGCCAUGAGAGGACUAAACCAACAACAUGUUUGUUUGUCUUAAAGUAAUUUAUUACUCAGCCAUCCCUAUUUACAGUUCAGGUUUCCAUGACCAAAGAUGAAAAAUCAGCUAUCGAAUAUAAAUUAUUUUACUAGGCCAUGAACAUAAACAGCUAAUGUUCAUCAGAAAUCUAACUAGUUGUAUCUUUAAGUUAGUCAGAGCUGGCAGAGCUUGACCCACCCAAAAAAAGGAAAGACAAACUCAGCGGAGCAGUUUUUUAUAACCUUUGAAAUUAUUUUCUCAUUAAUUCUCCAUACCCACUUACUCCAUUUCAGGGUCAUGCUUGGGCUGUAUGUUGGGAUGGGAGGCAGGUACACCCUGGACAGGUCACUUGUUAUUACGGAACCAAUGCAAAUUAAAAAAAAAAGUUAAUGGAAACCCAACUGGUGGGUCCACCUUAACGUCUCUGUGACUUUAUAUAUAUCAACUCUUCAACCCCUCUGGUGCCUUCUGGCAUUUGUUUUCAAAAAUGGUGUCAAAUAUAAAAUAGAUCUGGAGUCAUUCCUUGAUUAAUAGUUUCCAUUCAUAGUGUUGUUUUUUCUUGACUUGAUAAAUAAUAAUAGCACAAUUUUAUAAGAAAAUUUUAACAAUAGCAGUACUGCUUGUAAAUGACAAUUGAAGUGUGUGACCCAGGAUAAUAUUGGAUUUGGUCUUUAAGUGGGAAAAACAAAGAAGAUACUUCACACAUCUGCUCCUUGAUAUGUGCACAGGAGCUAACUGAACUCCAGCACAUCAUAUGACCCACAAAAAAAAACUUUUUUAGAGCAUUGUUGGUUGUGUUGUAGGAAAAAUGUGCAAUUAUUUGGUGUAUUCUAAAAAAAUUUACAAGCAAAACUACUGUAUUUAGCUUUCUAUCUGAAACAUGAUGAUCAAACUGCUAUUGAAUCUUCCUAAAAAUAAAACAAGCACAACAGGAAAGUGUUUUUAAUUAACAUUGGCAAUUGAAUAUUGAAACCAUCAUUUUAUUCUAAGUGCUGUAAACUGAGUGUAAUCUAAAUGUGCCAUGACCUUUGUGUAAGAGCAUUUCAAAUCCAACCAGAGAGAGUUUGGAGUGAUCAUGUUUUGAAGGUUCAUCUUUUGCAUUUGUCUGAAGGAAGCACAGAGAGCCUUAACACAUCGUUUUAAGGUGUAGAAUCAUUUUGUAAUUAAAAAGUUUUUAAAAUUGUAUUCAAGGAAUAUGUAGUGUGAAAAUGAGAUGAAUGAGCAUCUACUAAAUGUUUUAUAUAUUUAUUGUUUCUUUUAAAGUUGAAUGCUAUGUCUUCAAAAAUAAUUAUGUUUCAAUUAAAAAAGAAACCAUAAAACC